CCUGCCAUCGUAGGGUUACCAGUUGCGGAGAAUCGUAUGGAGCCUUUGUUUGAAAGGUUUCGAAAGCAACACCCGCCAGUGUUUGAAGGCAGCAUCGAUCCUGUCCAGGCAGAGGAGUGGAUCAGUGGGAUGGAGAGGAUCUUGAACAUGAUGGGAGUUCAAGGAAAUGAACGAGUGGUGUGCGCAUCUUUCAUGCUGAGAAAAGAUGCUCGGAUUUGGUGGGAGGUAGUGGAGCAAUCACGGGAUGUUAACACUAUGGAUUGGGACGGAUUCAAACAAGUGUUUAAUGAUAAAUACUACAACUCAGCAGUGUUAGCAGCAAAAAUGGAUGAAUUUACCAAGCUGACUCAAGGUAAUCUCUCGGUGACAGAAUAUGCACAGAAGUUCGAUCGGUUGGCGAAGUUUGCCAAGGAUCUUGUACCUACUGACAAGGUACGAGCGGACCGGUUUGUGAGAGGUCUAAAACCAAUGAUAGCUCGGGAUGUGGAGAUUGUUUCUAGAGGUGCUUUCACCUAUGCUGAAGUGGUGGAAAUGGCUCUUACGGCUGAAAGAAGCGAAGAGAGAAUCUGGAAAGAUAAUGCUGCUAGAAGAGAUGCUAAGAAGAGUGGGGCAACCACCUCCACUGACAAUAGGAAAAGGGUACAGGACCAGCCAAGCCAAGCCAGAAAUGAUAAACGGCCCAAGCCCAACAAUGACAACCGUCCUGGUGGAAAUGGUAGCAGAAACAUUCCACCUUGCCCUAAGUGCACAAAACGCCAUCUUGGUGAGUGCAGAGCUGGAGUUUGCUACAAAUGUGGGAAGGAAGGUCAUGUGAAGCGCAAUUGUCCGACAUGGGAACAAUCUGGCAGUAAGGAAGAACAGAAGAAGGAUGACAAGUACGUCCCAGCCAGAGUCUUCACCAUCACCCAAGCUGAAGCUGAGGCAAGUCCUUCCGUCAUAACAGGAGCUAGUGGUCAUCGAGGUGACGCAGCGAGUGGUUCGAGACACGUCAGCGGAAAACGCACUGUGUAAGGUAAGAAGAGUGGACAUCUGCGCAUAGGGUGUACGUUAUGCGUACAACCUUGUUUUCUUAUUUGUUAGUUAUGUAAUUAUAUUUGUGACCUGAAUUGUUGCAUUAGGUUGACUAGCAUGAGGAUAGUGCUAGAGAUUUUUAGUUAGUAGACAUGCUAAGAGGAUAGAGUAGGCGUGCUACUAGAUUUUAUCUGCUUGUGUGAGUAUAGCACUUGCAGGAAUUAUCUUGGGUGUGUAUAACUCAUGAUAAUAGGAUGCCACCACGGAACUGCCGAGUGUGAGUACAGCGCAGGCAGGGCAACGAUGUCUCGAGGGAACGGCCGAGUGUGAGUACAGCGCAGGCUAGACUAGUAGCCACCGUGGGAAUGCCGAGUGUGAGUACAGCGCAGGCAAGGCAGAUUACAUUUCAUGUCCGAUCAACAUGACUUGUUAGUAUUUAUGUGUGUGAGUGUAACUCACAUUAUGUUAGUGUGAUAUGGUGUUUAUAUAUCACACGAUGAUUAUUGUGCUUAUGAUGUUUAUUUAUGUUUAGUUGAAAGUUUAUGUUUUCUGGUUUGGGGAGUUAUGUCCUACAUAGCUCUUCUUACUGGGCGUUAGCUCACGGGUACUCUGUGUGCAG